GGACGUUCGUCAUAACUGCGCGCUUCAACAAACACUGAUUUGAUUUUAGCAUGAAAUAAUGGAUAACUCUCACCAGUUCGGUUAUAUGGGCGCUCCGCCUCCUCCCUUCUAUGCUCCUGCGUGUACAUACGGCGCGGGUUAUCCAGGAGGAGGUGCAGGACCACCACCAAUGCCUCCUCCGGCUGCAGCGGGACACACAUGGAACAUGUAUCAACAUCCACCAGUACAGACUCACUGGCACCAGUUCCCACCCUUCGACCCGAGCAGACCACCUCCAGUCACCUUUGAGCCUCCUCAACACACUGAGAACCCUCCACCCUGGCUCCAGAACCAGUGGAAUCAACCAGAACAUCAUUACAGUGGACAUUUCCCACCAAAUCAACAUCAAUAUCCAAAUUCAGCCCCACCAUCAUAUCAGUCCAACGUCAGGCCGGAUCAUUCAGCUCACAUGUACACCUCCAACCGCCAAAAUGACUCAUUUACCGACCAGUCUGCGAAUAGAUCCUGGCUAGAUGACAACCAAAACAACAGUAAAAAUACUUCAGUGACAGCUUGCGAUGAAGAAUCCAAGCAGCUGUUGAGAGAUCAGCAGUGGAUUCAACGUUUCUUGCAUUCAAGAAUCAGGAACCCCAGUGAACCAAAGCGAACCGAAUCCCACCCACCCAUCUCUCAGUUCAAAGAAAAUCUGUAUGGGACUGUUAAAAUGCUGUCUGAGUUAAAUAUCGUGUGCCAGAUGCUGAAGGAUAAUUUGGAGAAUGAAGAUGUGUGGACUAGUACGCUGUCAAAAGCAGCAGAACUGAAGAACCACAUCCAGGAGAGACUGGCCGAGCUGAAGGACCCAGACUGCGUUCGCAGCAUCAAGAGGAAAGUACUGCAGAUCAACAAGAAGAGAGCCAGGAUGAGGAGAAGGAAGGUGGAACUGAAGGAGGAAGAGCUGGAACGGGAGGCUAGACGAGCUGAACGAGAGGCGGCGGUUGAUAAAUGGCAGAUGAAACGCAUUCAAGAAGUGGAGGAGAAGAACAGAGAGAAAGAGUUGAAACAGGCCGCAGAUGCUGUUCUCUCAGAGGUCAGAAAGAAACAAGCAGAUGCCAAGAGAAUGCUGGACAUCCUCAAAUCACUGGAAAAACUCAGGAAACUCAGGAAAGAGGCGGCAGCCAGGAAAGGCAUGUUUCCGGGAAAACCGAGUGAUGACAUAUUUGAUGGUCACCUGGAGCGGUUGAGGAGUCUGAUCCAUAAACGCACAGCCAUCUACGCAACAGAGGAGAAAGCUCUGAGAGUCAUGCUGGAGGGAGAGCAGGAAGAGGAACGCAAACGAGACCGCGAGAAACGACUGAAGAAAGAAAAAGAGAAGCUCUUGCAGAAGAAACGAGAUGUGGACGCAAUGCUGUUUGGAGCUGAAUUGCCACCUGAUCACCCUCUUCAACCGUUCCAUGAUUACUACACACAGGCUGAGCGCUCCCUUCCUGCUCUUAUUCAAAUAAGGAGAGAGUGGGAUCAGUUCCUGGUUUCUGUCGAGCACCCCGACGGUACAUCGGUUCCUCGAGGCUGGGUUCUGCCCGACCCGCCAGCCGACGACAUCUGGGCCACGGCCCUGGAGAAAUGACACUUUUGACCCCAAAGACUGUUCAAUCAUUUGUGGGGGAAAAACGUUUGGUUGGGAAAAUGUGUGGCCAGAUUAAGUGAUGCUAAUUUUAGUGAAUUUUAUGAAA